AGGAUUUAAAUCGCCAUUAAAAACAUCAACGAAGAAGAAGAAUCCAAAGUUAUGACCGGAAGUCUUUUUUUCUUGCUCACGCUGUUGAGGAAACCUGCAGUUCUACAUAUUUCCUCCUCGACUCUGAAGUUACCAGAGAUGAUAAAACAAGACACAGAAGAGUCUGCCACCCAGGGCGGUGAGGACGCUCCACCUACAGCAGGAGGGAUGGAGUCACCUGCAGCUGCUAAAGACAGCUUGAACAGCAACAGCCCUGAAGAGUCUGAGCCACAGACGCCACAGACGCCACAGACAGACACAACUCCACAAGGUGAUGAGGCAGGAAGUGAAGUCGCAGAGGGAGCACUUCCAUGUGACAUGGCCGAGGAGCUGAGCCGUCAGCUCGAGGACAUCCUCAGCACCUACUGUCGGGAAAGCAUGUCAGACGACGCCAGCACGGUGCCCAACGGCCAGUCACACAGCCCAGAGCUCAAUGGGCUGACCAACGAGAGGGAGGACGACAAGCCAGAGGGCAAAGUCAAUGGAGCCGGCAACGGCGUGGAGAAGGAGCAGAAGAAGAGUCAGGAGAAGAAGAAAGUGAAGGGUCUAGGUAAAGAGAUCACUCUCCUCAUGCAGACUCUGAACACACUCAGCACCCCAGAGGAAAAGCUCGCAGGCCUCUGUAAGAAGUACGCUGAACUGUUGGAGGAGCACCGUAACACCCAGAAGCAGAUGCGAGUGCUGCAGAAGAAGCAGAACCAGCUGGUUCAGGAGAAAGACAACCUGAGGAACGAACACAGCAAGGCCAUCCUGGCUCGCAGCAAGCUGGAGAGUCUCUGCAGGGAGCUGCAGAGACACAACCGCUCACUCAAGGAGGAGGGGAUGCAAAGAACGCGUUUGGAGGAGGAGAAAAGGAAGGAAGUGACCUCCCAUUUCCAGGUGACACUGAACGACAUCCAGGCUCAGAUGGAGCAGCACAACGAGAGGAACGCCAGUCUCCGACAAGAGAACACGGAGCUGGCUGAGAAGCUGAAGAAGCUCUAUGAGCAAUACAAACUGCGAGAGGAGCACAUAGACAAGGUGGUAAAGCACAAAGACCUGCAGCAGCAGCUGGUGGACGCCAAGCUGCACCAGGCUCAGGAGCUGCUGAAGGAGUCGGAGGAGAGACACGACAGAGAGAAAGAAUUUCUGCUGAAAGAAGCAGUGGAGUCUCAAAGGAUGUGUGAGCUGAUGAAGCAGCAGGAAGUUCACCUCAAACAGCAGCUGUCACUUUACACAGAGAAGUUUGAAGAGUUUCAGACCACUUUGUCCAAAAGCAAUGAGGUCUUCACCACAUUCAAACAGGAGAUGGAGAAGAUGACCAAGAAGAUCAAGAAGCUGGAGAAGGAGACGGCCAUGUAUCGGUCCAGGUGGGAGAGCAGCAACAAGGCUCUCCUGGAGAUGGCAGAGGAGAAAUCUGUGCGGGACCGUGAGUUUGAGGCACUCCAGGGUAAAGUCCAGCGGCUCGAGAAGCUGCGGCGGGCUCUAAAAGUGGAACGCAACGAGCUCAACAAGAAGGUUCAGAACCUCAGCGGUCAGGAUGGAGGCACAGCAGGAGCCCCCACCAACGACCCAGGGACUGACUCCCCCUCUCCACCACCUACAGACUCUUUACUGGAGCCCAGCGGCCACCCUGUCCCAGACACCACGCCCUGCUCCCAGUCCUGCCACUGUGAGCCAGAACUGGACACAGACAGCCUACUAGAAGAAGCAAAGGCUCUGCCUGUGGCUGCACAGGAAUGAAGCACCGCUGCUCUCAGUCUUCUCUUUCCCCUCCAGCAACAAGCCACCUAGCAAGCAACAAGCCACCAGCCUGCAAGCACCCACUCCUCUGCUGGAUGAAGCUCAUCAGAUAGCAAGUGUAACUUGUCUCCUCCCAGCAUGCUCUGCAGGCGUCAUGAAGGUGAUGAGAAGAUUGUGCCUCGCCUGUCAGUACAUUUACAUGCACACAGUAACUGACUUACAGUGAACAACCUUAUUAAGAUAAUAGUUUGAUUAAAGCAUUUACAUGGUUUGCAUCUUUCCUGCAGUAAUCAGAUGCUGAUGAUUCAUUCAUUAGUCUGGUUAAUCUCCACAGGCAGACUACAGGAGACAUGUUAUUGGCUCCACAGAGCGGUAUUUGUUUUACAAGUUCAUAAAUGAAUUAAUUUAUUAGUUGUAAAAUGACCCCAGUUUUUGUGGCACUCCAAAAACGUGUGACACAUGCUGCUGUUUGAAUAGAAACAUGACUUAUAGUCCUCUGCCUCUCUGGAAUACGCCUCACAAGAAAUCAGACAUGAGGGGUCGACAUAACAUAGGAAUUAAAAAGAGAAGUGACAAGUUAUUCAGCUCUAAUGCUCACUCCAACAUAAGGGGGAUUUAUACUUAUACGGCAGACCUUUCGCCGUAGCCUACGCAUGUGACCUGCACCGUUGUGAGCCUUUAUACUUGUGCAGUGGUGUGUCUGUGUCACUCUGCAGUUACACCUCCAAAACACAAGUUGGCAAUGGAGUUUUUAUGGCAUUUUACAUUGUAUAAAUUAGCCUAGCAGCUAGGAGACUUUUUCCUCUACUCAUAACAUUUAUAACAUUUAACAAAGGUAAUGUUACAAAAUUCAGCUCCAUUACAGCUCACAAGGUUCACUGACAAAACAACUGUCUUAUACUAAACACAUUUUCCAAACAAAUACAACAUGCUAACGUUAUUAGCACAAGCCUAUGGCAUUUUACAUUGUAUAAAUUAGCCUAGCAGCUAGGAGACUUUUUCCUCUACUCAUAACAUUUAUAACAUUUAACAAAGGUAAUGUUACAAAAUUCAGCUCCAUUACAGCUCACAAGGUUCACUGACAAAACAACUGUCUUAUACUAAACACAUUUUCCAAACAAAUACAACAUGCUAACGUUAUUAGCACAAGCCUGUGGCAUUUUACAUUGUAUAAAUUAGCCUAGCAGCUUGCAGAGAUUUCCUCUGCUCAUAUGAAGCCAGGAUAAAUCACACACAGGACUUAAAAUGCUAUUUUAGUGGAGGCUUUAUUGUCUUCACAAUUUAUUGUUUCUUAUCUGUGAAAUUAAAGUAAAUCAAAGCUUUGUUUCCACUGAGGGAAAUGGUUUCAGCUUACAGAGACAGACAGGUCGUCUGCAUCACCGCAACAUGUAGUUACAUUUCUGGGGAGGUGCACGACAGGCUACGGCGUAGAUACAGCAUCAAUUCGACGCAUAAGUAUAAGUCCCGCCUGAAAUCUUAAAGGAACAGUUCAAAAAAAAAACUUAUUUACCUUUUACCUGUAGAGCUGCUUAUCAGUCUAGAUAGUUUUGAUGUGAGUUGCAGCGUGUUGGAGAUAUCAGCUGUAGGAAUGUCUGCCUUCUCUCCAGUAUGAUGGAACUAGAUGGCACUCAGCUUGUGGUGCCCGAAGCGCCAAAAAAUAUUUUUGAAAAACAAAAAAGACAUUGUUGUGAGCAGUUUCAUGUAGGAACUAUUUUCUUUCUACCCAACUACACCUACCAACUGUAUCACUGCGCAGACAGAAGCGUGCAUCUACACCUAAACAAUCUAGACUGAUAAAUAGCUCUGCAGGUAAGAGGGAAAAUAUGUGGGUUUGAAUUUGAGGUGAACUGUCCCUUUAGCUUGACUAAGACAUGAUGGCUGCAACAACCUGUACUGCUCUGACUAUUAGAGUGUGUGUGUAAAUGCAGACUGCCUCUGUGUUGUAUUGUUAGAUACACAUUCCCUUUUUGAAACAGCGCUGCUUGGGAUGACACAAGCCAAUCUGACCAGAGGGAUCAUCGGAGGGUUUGUGUGUGUGUGUGUGUGUGUGUGUGUGUGUGUGUGUGUGUGUGUGUGUGUGUUCGUGUUCCAACCACUUUGAUGUACAUUUGGUUGAAAGGAGUUUGAUUCACAGCUUGCCGAGUCCUAAAGGCCACUGAGAGUAAUUUAAUGAUUAUCUGUCAGGUCUUAACGGGGAUUUGAAGCAGAUCAUUUCUGCAGUCAAUCCAAGUUCUUAAUAAAAUAGAAAUAAUGUAGAGUUCUAUAUAAUUAUUGAAGGAAAUUUCUCAUUCUUUCCUUUAUUUUUUUUUUUACUUGGCUCAAAUGUUCAGAACACUUUACGAUAUUUGUCGUCACAUCAGAGUUUGCCGUUCUUCGCUCGUACACCAUGUUAGGGAGGCGUUUCUUUGUUUUCUUGUUUGCAUCACUUCGCUUCGUUUCCAUAGCAUUUAAAUUAUGUAGUCUGUAUUUAUUGUUGACAGCAUAAUCUGAUAUUGAAAUGUAUGUAUCUCACAGAGCACCACUAUAAAAUAAAUGUUUAUUUUUUGAUUACUUUAGAAAAUCUAUAAAGGUGAUACUUUUAUGACCAACGUUUCAUUCCUAAUCUUUGAGUUCAGUUGUUGGCGACAUUAUUUCCACAUGUUUUUCAGUCAGCUUGUGACCUGGUGACGACGACCACUUGAAGCCUGUUUAACUCUGUAUGUGUGUGUGUGUGUGUGUGUGUGUGUGUUACGUGGCUACGAUUGUCUCCUCCCAGCCCUGAUAAUUGCAGUAGCUUGUAAUCAGGUUUUAACUAGAGAAUGUUAAAGGACCUCUAUGCAACGCUUGCCUCUCGGUUUUAUUCUGUGGCAGUCUCAACUGACAAGCACUUAGCUGCGAAUGUAUAUUCAUUAUCUCCACUGUCCUGCAUGGAUGUAUUGUAUAAACAGACAACAUAUCUCACAGCAGAACUUUAUUUUUGCGUAGAACCUCGUUAACUGCCUCUCAAUAGUUUGACAUUGAAGGGAAAACGCUGCGUCUCUCUGGUGCUGUUAAAAGGUGCAGUGUCUGAGCCCAGUGGGAAGAAGGAGAGGGAACACGAGAGAAAAUGUUAAUGGACUUCUGAAUUGUAGUUUUCACUCCCGAACAUGUCCAUUUCUCCGCAGACUUCAUGUACUACUCAAUAUGUAGCAUCGCUAACAAGGUGUCAUCUGUCGGCUGAAAUAGAAAUGGCAAACCGGAUUUCUUCCAUUGUCCCACGGGACAGAUUCAUUGUACCUCUGGUCCAGUGGUGGAUGUGGAGGUUCACUGACCACGAGAAGGAACCAAAGAUGUUUCCUUUUGUUGUCUUUUGCAGUACUUUUACCUGGCCCUGUAUAUUUUGUUUCUUGUUAAAUAAAAGAUGUAACAGUG